ACUGAGCUGAACAUUCAGAAAGGAUUCGCAAUGCUAUGCCAUUAGCAUGAUAUAAAGCUUAUAAAGUUUCAUCUGUGCGGACGAACAGAUUAAGUUCAGAAGACUUUGUUCUCCCGUCACACCAAAGAGAGAGAGAGAGAAAUCUUCAAAUUGUGUCACGACUUUGACAGUAAACUUAAUGACUUCGGACAAGCUUCAUGUUCUAGUCAGCAGAAUCAUUUAGCGGACAUUAAAACAAGACGGUUGCUCCUGAUUUGGUGAACGAUCAUGUAGAAGCUCCUCUUCUUGUCAUUAGAAAGCUCGUGAUUUCCGCAUUUUUUUCCCCCCGCUGGCAGUUAAUGAAGUAAAGGGACAAACACACACACACACACACACACACACACACGGGCAGAGGCAAGGAGGAGUUUUUAAUUAGCUCUCCAUCAUGGCCUACCAUGCUGGGAUCCAAGAGGAGCCCAGUGCUUUGGUUCACAACAUCAGCUCCAACAUCCAGAAACUGACACUGCUGACGUCUGAGCUGCAGAGGGCGGUGUCUCUUCUGGGAACCGAGCAGGACAGCCACCAACUACGACAGAUGCUGCAACAGAAACAGCAGCAAGGCAACCAGCUGGCGAAGGAGACUGACAGAUUGAUGAAGACAUUCAGUGCACUUCCUGUUGGCCCUGAUCAGCGACAGAGGAAGCUACAGAAAGAGCGUCUGUUAAAUGACUUCUCCGCCGCUCUGAACAGCUUCCAAAAGAUCCAGCGGCAGGCAGCCAACAAAGAGAAAGAGUUUGUGGCCAGAGUCAGAGCCAGUUCCAGGGUGUCGACAGGACAGCCUGAAGACACCUUUGGAAAUGUACCUACUUUCCCUAGUGAUUCCCAGAUGCAGGCUCAGACUGAGGCCAUCACUGAAGAAGACCUGAGGCUGAUCCAGGAGAGGGAGUUGUCCAUCAGACAGUUGGAGGCUGACAUCACAGAUAUCAACGACAUCUUCAAGGACCUGGGGAUGAUGGUCCAUGAGCAGGGAGACAUGAUAGACAGUAUAGAAGCCAAUGUGGAGAAUGCAGAUGUGAGUGUCCAGAGUGCCACACAGCAGCUGGCACGUGCUGCAGACUACCAGCGGAGUUCCCGGAAGAAGAUAUGCAUCCUGAUGAUAGUGUUGGCUGCUGCUGCUGUUAUUAUUGGACUCAUCAUCUGGGGUGCAGUGAAAUCAUGAAGCCUUCUUCUUCCUCCUCCUCUCAUCCACCUCUUCUGUUUAGUCAUCAGUUUGGACAAAGAAGGAAGCGCCUUCCUUCCUCUCCUCAUGUUCCCCCCUUUUCUUACAUCCCUCAUUACAGCAGUCAAUCAGACUUUCUUUAUUUCUUUGACUCGAUUACACUUUUAAAGAUAUUGCUGUUCUUGUUGACAGGACCACGCACUCCUUCACUGUGAAAACAAAACCUAUUGUUAGAAUCAUCUUUAAUUUAACUUUUAAUUUAACUGUCUAAUGUAGGCAUGAUUUACUUCGACAGGAAAGCUUUAAGGUUUUUAGUCCUCACCUGACUGUGAGAGGGAGGUGUAAACACAGGUGUGGAGUAUUGCUAUGUUCAGUGGCAGCCGCACUGGCUCCACCAGCUCUGAAUCUUCAGUGAAAUCACAGUCCAGACAAUGCUUCUGGGUGCAAUGAAGCAGCAAGCUGCUGUAGGUGGGUAAGAGUGGAUUAACCUUCAGAUCAGUCUCUUCAAAAUGUUCUGUUGGUGCCGCUGGUUUUUUUUGUUUGUUUGUUUAGUUUUGCUUUGUUUUUUUUUUAAAUCAGGUUUGAUGUAAAGCUUAGAUCCUAAAAAAUUCUCUGCUAUUAAAAUAUGACUGAUGUAACCAAAAUGGCAUUCAGCUUAUUGUAGUGCAGUUACGAUACCUUCUUCUUCUUUUUUUUAAACUUUUUAAAAAAAUCUUCUGGAUUUUAAGUUGUAAUUAAUUAAAACUAAAAUUAAGAUAAAAGUUCAUCUCUAAUGAUAAAUCAAGAAAUAUUGUAAAUACCCAUGCUAGACUGUGUGAUUCUGAUAAAUGGCUGUGGCUAAAAAAUUAUAAAUGUUUCCCUGUGGAUAUCAAGGAAAACCCUUUUCUGUUAAAUUACAUCAAAAUGAUCAUGUCAGUGUAAUGUACAACAUGCUUAUUGGGCAGGUGAAUGUAAUAACUGGAAUUGCAUUUUCCUUGUUGUUUUAACCUACAGUACUUACAUGUGCUUCAUGUUAAGGCCCUAUAGAACCACACAGGUGACUGUCAUGUGUGGGUUGUGGGUUGUUGUCUUUAUCACUAUAUCCCUAACAUGAAGAAACCAAACUUGACGUAAGCCAAAGUGAAUUUAAGUUAAAGCAAACACUAAUAAUCAUUUGCUACCACUGUUUGACCCAGAUGUAAAAUGAUGAUCAAAUGUAUAUUUUUAAUACCAAGAGCUGCCUACCAUGUGCCGAAUAAAUUUCCGAGUGUACAGAA